GCGAUUGACAAUUCACAAUAUAAUCCUGAAGAAUUGAUGUGUGGUGGAUGUUCGGAUGUAUCAGGCGCUCAAGUUUGUGGUCGGCAUGGCGUUGACUAUUUAGAAUACAAAUGCAGAUUUUGCUGUUCGGUUGCGGUUUAUUUCUGUUUCGGAACCACACACUUUUGUGCGGCAUGUCAUGACGAUUUCCCGCGUUUGAUGUGUCUCCCGAAACAACUCCUUCCAAAGUGUCCGGUUGGGCCGAAAGCCGUUCAGCUGGAUGGUGAUCAAUGCCCACUUCGCUUGCAGCAUCCACCAACUGGCGAGGAAUUUGCCAUGGGUUGUGGUAUAUGUAGAAAUUUAAGUACUUUUUAA